AUGGACGACAAUAAUGCAGGCAACCUCCCCUUCGCACAGCCCCAGCCGGACUUUGGUACCCCGGCUCGGGGCCAACAACAGGACGAGCUCGGAAGUGGUCGUACGUUCGCCAACUCUGGGCCGACACCAAGUGCCGAACAUGGCAGCGAGGCGGCCUUGAGCAAUCCGGCAGGCCAGGCGCCACUAUUCGGAGCUGGAAAUGCCAAUGUCCAAUUUGACCCGUUCACCGGGGAGGUAGUUCAAUCUGUCCCGGCCUUGGACUUCAACGGAUUUGUACUCCACGCCGCGCCCAAACCGGUCCCGGAAGAGCUCCAGCGAGACCCCAGUGGGGCCUCCGUCGCGGAGCCCGACUCGGUCUUGGACGAGGAAAAUGGACGGACAUAUCAUAAUUAUCACGAGGGCAGGUACUACCUGCCGAACGAUGCGGCAGAGCAAGACCGUCUGGACUUGCAGCACAAACUGUGGCAAGUCCACCUGGACGACGCUCUUUUCAAGGCACCCAUCCAGUUGCCGCCCAAGAACGUCUUGGACGUUGCGACUGGGACGGGCAUCUGGGCCAUCCAAAUGGCAAAGAUGUACCCUGACUCAAACGUGAUCGGGACAGAUUUGAGCCUGAUCCAGCCCGAGGGUCCUCCCAACUGCUCAUUCAUCAAGGAGGAUGCCGAGCUCGACCAGUGGACCCUUCCGGUCAUGUUUGACUACAUCCAUUUGCGGAUGGUCCACACCUGCUUCGACGAUUACCGGGCGCUCUUCAAAAGAUGUUAUGACAAUUUGGAGCCCGGGGGGUGGAUUGAGUUACAGGAUGCCGUCUUCAAGCUGAUGUGUACAGACGGCACAGCCGACGGCUCGUACAUUGAGAGAUUCUCUCACCUGAUCUUACAAGCAGGCCAGUCUAUUGGUCGAGACCUUGAUAUACCCAGCAAAUAUAAGGAUAUGUUGAUCGAGGCCGGCUUUUUGGAUGUUGUGGAGGACAUUGGCCCUGUUCCAGGAAACCCGUGGCCAGACGAGGCCAAGUUCAAGUCACUCGGGUACUGGCAAAUGAUAAACUCUCAUAGAGCUCUCCGCGGAUUCGGCUGGAAGCUGUUUCGAAAACUUGGAAUGGAGCCGGACGACAUCGAAGAACUCGUCGAAAAAGCCAAAACAGACAUCACAGAUUCCCGCCUGCAUUUCUUUUUCCCGAUAUAUGUUGUUUACGGCCGAAAGCCAUACGAAUGGGAGCUGGAGCAACCCCCUCAGAAACGAGCGAGGACGUAG